AUGGGAUCCUGCUGCUCGACCUCCGACGACUCGUCACAGCACGAACUCCAACAAGCACGCCCCGCCCCGCCGCCUCAAAACCAGAACAACAUGCCGCCGCCGCGCAACCACAUCGUCACCCUCGAGAAGAAGUGGGCCUACCACGCCGUCGACGGGUACGAGCUGAACAACAACACCUGGGGCCUCGAGAGCGCGACCUCGGGUUCCCAGCGCACCUACUACGACGGGCCCAGCUCGCCCGGCGCCGCGUCGGGCGCUCAGGGCAUCUCGUGGUCGACGGACUGGGAGUGGCAGGGCGGCGAGCACAAUGUCAAGUCGUACGUCUACGGCGCGAGGCAGUUUCAGCGCCGGCUUUUGAGCGAGAUUCAGGCGCUGCCGACGGAGGCCGAGUGGUAUUACAGCACGUGGGAUGUGAGGGCCAAUGUCGCCUAUGACAUCUUUACGGACCCCGAUAAAGACCACGCCAACAGCAGCGGAGAAUUCGAGGUCAUGAUCUGGCUGGCAAAGCUGGGCGGUGUGUGGCCCAUCAGCGAGUCCAAGGCGCCCGUCGCGCACGUUGAGAUCUGCGGGCACCAGUGGGAGGUUCACUUUGGCUACAACCACGGCGGCGCGAUGAAGGUGUACAGCUUCUUGCCCGUCAACGGCCCGAUUCAGCACUUCAACGCCGACGUGAAGCAGUUUUUCAACUUUUUGAGCCACCAGUUCCAGUUCCCGCAGCACAACCAGUACAUGCUCGUCUAUCAACUCGGAACCGAGGCCUUCACCGGAGGUCCUGCGGAGUUUGUUGUGCCCAAAUUCAUUGCCGACGUCAUCUAA